AUGAAUAAAUCUAUGUCUGAAAAAAUUUUCGAUUUAUUUUUACAGGCAAGAAACUACCACGACGCCUGUGACCUUGAAAAGGCAGCCGAACUCUAUAAGCAAGCAAUAAAUCUCGCGAAUCAGCACUCGGUAAUUCCAAGUGAAUUAUUGGAUAGCUAUGCAGAGCUUUCAAAUACUUUAGGAGACUACGAAACAGCUGCAAAUUUGUACAGAGAAAGUAUAAGGCUUUUUCCCUCUGAAAAUUCGUCAAAGUAUAUGGCUCUUGCUCAAUUAAGCCAUGGGCAUGAUUCACUUGAUCUUUACAAAAAGGGCAUCGCCUUAUUGAAGAAAAACCAAGAAGACGAAGGCAUAAAGUCUCAAAUUGCUUCUGCAUAUGCAGCGAUCUCAGAAUUAUUCAUGACAGAUCUUUGUGAUGAGCCUAAUGCAGAAUCCACCUGUGAGCUCUGCAUCAAAAAUGCCUUAAAAUUUGAUGAUACCUGCAUAGACGCCUAUCAGAUUUUGGCAAAUCUAAGACUCAUAAGAGGAAACUACGCUGAAGCCAGAGACGCGAUGGAAAAAUUCAAAACAAUUCUAUUGCAUUGCGGAGUUUUCAAUCUGCCCUCAUCUCAAUCCCUUGGCGAGUCCUCCAGAACUUUGGUUGAACUUGAAGACUGAGACGGCGUCUUAUUUGUCUGCGACGUCGGCCUCUCAAUUGACGACACACAAAAUGAACUUAUUUACAUGCAAGCUUUUGCAUUAUACAAGCUAAACCGAAAACAAGAAGCCAGCGAGCUUCUAGAUUUCCUAAGCCAAAAACAACUAGACUCAGAGCUCCAAGAAGCAGUCAGCGAGCUACACAAGUCACUGUCUGAAAAUUAA